AUGGAGGCAGAUGGCUCAGCUGCUUUUCCCAAUCCUUGGCUCGCCCAUGCAAAGGGCCGAGGACAAGGCAAAGGCCGGGAGAAAGGCCAGAAAGGUGGCAAGGACAGAGGUAAAGGAGGCAAGGGAGGCAAAGGAGGAGGCAAGGGAGGUAAGAAUAAUGGCAAAGGCCCAGGAGAUCUCGAGUCUUUACCACAAGAGCGGCGUGAGGAUCUGAUGAGUCAGCUGCAGGCCUUGGCCCAAGGCCGGGAGCCUCAGGCUGUGCCUCGCGUCGGGGAUGUCGUGGAGCUGCGGAUUUUGGGCGGCGAUCGCCUGGGCCUCCAUGGCCGACGAGGCACGGUGAGAGGGGCCGUGCCUGCCUCUAACAGCCUGCUGGGAGGGGCCUUCACCGUGCGUCUAGAUUGUCCUGAAGGGGAAGAGGAGAAGGAGGUUACGGCCUCUGCCAGCGAUCUGCAAAUCAUGGAGGCUGCUUUGCCACUCCCUGAGGCUUCCCUGCUCUUCCCGAAGACGCUGACGGGCUUGGAGCGGAAGUUUGUGCAUGCCUCAGCUGAGACGCUGGGCCUGAUCAGCCAGAGCUUCGGUGAGGGCGCCGAGCGAUACAUCACCGCCUUCCGACCUGCGCAGAAGGCCGUGGAACCCGCGGAGGAUCCGACGGAGCCAGAAGCAAAGCAACCCGAAGCGCCGCUUUCGUCUGGUGACCAGGCAGUUGCCUCGGUGGACUGCUCAGGCGUGGAGCUGGAUGCUGAGAGCCGCGAGCGCUUGCUGGACAGCAUCACGGUGCCAGGUGAUUGGCAGACCUUUGCAGACAGGCUCCUGGUGUGUCGGGGAAGGUUCAGCAGUCCCCGGGACCGGGACAACCGGUCCAUCGCAGAAGAGGCCGUUGCCCAGGUCCGAGGCCUUCACUUGGAGGCCUCGGCGGAGAUGCGCGUGGCGACGCUUGCCCAAGGUGAUCAGGCCAUUGCUGUGGGCGUGCUCGGCGUGCCGGCGCUGGACCGGAACCCGCACGUGCUGGUGGCAGCCGCCCCGGGCAGAAGCCGCGUGGACGCCUUAGCCUCCCUACGCUCGUGCCGCUGGGUUCCUUGGACUGGUGCACCUUUGCUGCUUCGGGGUCGGCUGAAGCAGUGGGAGCAUGAGCCGGAAGCUGUCAGCGAAAGGUAA